UAGAUGUUCCUUUCAAACACUGAAACAACCAAUGACUAUUACAAAACCUUUGGGGAGGGAACAAAGGUGUUCUUUUAAGUGUCUGAGCAAAAAGAUUUUUUGCUGAGAAGAAAUCAGACUUCUUGCAUGGCUCAGCAAAGAUUGCAGCAGCAUUGGAGUGUCUGUGGUGGAGGCAUCAGCACAGGGCACAUGACAGCCAGCAGCCAUUUGAUUAGUGACAACCUGUGCUAGACACAAAAUUGCAGCAGUAGAUAAAUGGCAUUUACAGCCCUAUGACUAAUGUGCUGAGCUGUCCCUAUGGGUAUGAAUAUUUUAGAGAUCACCCAUGUUGGAAUUGAACAGUGGUUUGAAAGGAACACUGACGUCUGAAAUUCACUCUUACACCUACUAUUGGCUUUUGAAUGAACAGCCCUCCCCCCCCUGCAAGCUCAAAUCCAAAGAUCAGCUGAGGACAUUAUCCUUACAGCACCCCUCUCUUGAGAUGCUCAUUUCCACUUCCUCUGCACGUGAGUAAAUAGUUUGAAGGUAUCACAUUCCUCUCUGUUUAGUCUGCUCCGUGUGAUAAAUGCCAAUUAGUAGCAACAGCUAAGAAUUACAACUUCUGUCCCUACCGGGGAAUAGCUGGAAUUGGGCAAGAGAAAGUGAUGAUGGAAACAAUAACAGUGUUAAAUGCUGUUCACCCUUGCAGAGCUCUCUGUAGUUCCAGCUCUGCUGGCAUGAGGUGUUGCUGAGGAAGAGUGUGUGCUGCUUCACCUGUGAAGGGCAAACAAGGCUGUGAGGCAGAGGUGAUAUUCCCUGUUUCUCCUCCUGUGGAAAAAUAGAUCUGGAAGGUUAUGAUAGCAACACCCUCAUUUUUCAGAGCUUAGUUCGUAAUAGGGCACUAUUUAUGGGCUAAGUAACAGAUUGGGGCCACAUUUGCAUAAGAAAGACCAAUGCUGCUGUAAAUUACAUCUUGCUCUCUGCAAUACCAUAAUUACACACUUUAUGGUCUGUAAACAUCAUGUUUAAAGACAACUGAGUCCAAGCACAUGCUAACCUAUGUGUAUCUUCACCUUACCCAUGGAAGCAAAGCCUGUGGCUGGUUGAGGGCACUGUGUAGCAACAGUUGGAGUAAUUUUUAGACUUAGUACAACAGCAUGGAAAAUGGACUGCUGUUUUUUUGCCAAAUUCCACAGUAACCCUUAUUGCUUUUAACAAAUACACCUUUGACCCAUUCAGUUGCACUGGCAGUAGCUAGUUUGUGCUCUAACCAUGAGUUAGUGAAUUAUAAAAACUACUUAUCUUUAGGGUGUUGGUGGCUUUUCUGUCCUCAGGUACAAUGAUGAAAAAACUUACCUGCAGAGAUGUAUUCCACGUGCUUAACUGAGUAACAGCAUGCACAUACACAUGGGGAUCACUGCCAGCACUAACAGUGACAUGGCACUGGCUUCACAUGACUUGUCUGGGAGGGGACAGGCAGCUCCUGCUUGGAAACACCCCUGUUGCCCUGGCCUAAACCCUCAUAAAGUUUCAACAGCAGUAGUGAAAAGUGAGGAGUUGAACUCUGGGCUCUGAAUAGACACAAAGGACCUCUCCUAAGCUACCAUCAGCAGGAGUCCAUUGUCAGCUUUUCUAGGAACGGGGGUUCCCCUGAAACCGUGCAGUGCUUGGUAGGACAUCAAACACCAGGUCUGGUCCUGUGUCUGUUCACAUGGAGAGUGGCUGAUAUGCAGCUGUUCAGGUGACCAGUUUAUUCCACCUUUCUGAAACGCUGCAAGAAGAGUACUCCCAAGAGGCUUCCCUCUGUCAUCAAGAUGGAAACGGAUUCUGGAUAUUCCUCCACUGCUGAGCUGCAGAAGCAGGGAAAGAAGCUCUCAGAUGCCUUGAGGAUCAGUGCCUACGUCUUCAGUACAGGCCUGCUCAUGUUCACUGCCUUAGUGAACUCUUGCUCUUGGUUUAUGCAGAAUAUAAAUUUAGGCAAUUUCUGGCAAACAGUAUGGUUGGAGUUCUACGACUAUAUGGAGGGAGAUGAGUGGACAAUCUUCCUCAUUGGGGCUGCAUUGGUGCCUGCACUUGCUUUCUGGGGCUUCAAUGGAAUCCUUCUGGUGGCUGAUAUAACAGGAAAGCCAACUUUUAUUACUCGCUAUCGCAUUCAGCUGGGCAAGAAUGAUCCUGUGGACACAAAGAAACUGUGCAAAGCCAUCUACACAGUGCUGGGUAAUCAGUUCUUUAUCUCCUUUCCCAUGCUUGUGCCCAUGUUCUACGUCAUGAAAUGGUGGGACAACACCUUCAGCAAGGAGUUACCAACCUUCCAGUGGUUUCUUGUGGAGCUAAGCAUUUUUACUGUAGUAGAGGAAAUUCUCUUCUAUUAUACACACAGGCUUGGUCACCACCCAGUGCUGUAUAAGCACAUUCACAAGAAGCACCACGAGUGGACAGCCCCCAUCGGUUUGGUCUCCAUUUAUGCUCACCCAAUAGAACACAUAGUCUCCAACACUCUGCCUGUCAUGACUGGCCCGAUGAUCAUGGGAUCUCAUAUUGUUUCAGUUUCAGCAUGGUUUUCCAUUGCUCUUGUAACAACAAGCAUUUCUCACUGUGGCUACCACCUGCCCCUCCUGCCAUCUCCAGAGUUCCACGACUUCCACCACCUCAAGUUCAACCAGUGCUACGGAGUGCUGGGAGUGCUGGAUUUUCUGCAUGGCACAGACAAAAUGUUCAGACAAACCAAAGCCUUCGAGAGACACAAGAUCCUACUCGGCCUCACGCCGCUCUCUGAAAGCAUCCCUGAGCCACCCAAGAAAGCUGAGUGAACCAGCCCAGCACCUCCUGCCCAGCCUGGUGAUGAGCAGACAGAGACAAUGAUUUAUGCCAAAUAGUAUUUUAAUCAGGAAACAAGUUCUUGUGCACACAUAAAACAUAAAACUGAAGUUAAAUAUGCUGCUUGAAAUGACUGCACUUUUGCUGCCACUGUUUUCUAAGACAGUCACAAAAAAACUGCUCUAGAAGUCUGUUUUUAA